UGCUGCUGUCAAUGAUUUACUGCAGCAUUUUGGAGCCUGGUGGGCUCCAUGCUCCUUCCAGCAGUCCUGAAAACUUAAAAGCUUUGGUUUGCAGCUGAUCUAUAGCGAACAUUUACAUAUGGCAGAGCAAUGUGGAGGGGCCUGGUUCAGCUCUGUCCCUUGAUCCUGUCUGUGUGCUCACUGGCUUUAACACCAGCCCAGGCGUGCAGGGAGCUCCAGGCAUUGCCUUCCCACAGAAGAAGCAGCAGAAAUGUUAAUUCUCCAGCUCCUGUUGACUGUCAGCUGAGCCAGUGGUCAGGAUGGACUGAUUGCUUCCCUUGCCAAGAGAAAAAACACCGGUACCGGCGGCUGGUGCAGCCAGCGCAGUUUGGAGGGCGACGCUGCGCGGGGCACCUCUGGGAUGAGCAAGCCUGUCGAGCUGAGACAACCUGCUCAGGGCCACCAGGGUGUGGGCAGGACUUCCAGUGCAAGGAAACAGGGCGCUGCAUUCAACGGCAUCUCGUGUGCAACGGAGACAGAGACUGCAGAGAUGGGUCUGAUGAGGAUAAUUGUGAGGAUGAAGAUAUUGAAAACCCUUGUGAACAUCUGUUCCCAAUCCCAGGGGUGGAAGAAGUAGUCCAAGGAUACAACAUCCUGACACAGGAAGGGAGGCAGAACAUUUACGACCCGGGGUUUUUUGGAGGGCUCUGUGAGUACGUGUACAACGGGGAGUGGCGGGAGCUGCGCUACGACGCCGCCUGCGAGCGCCUGCACUACGGCGACGACGAGAAGUAUUUCCGCAAGCCUUACAACUUCCACGUGUACCAGUUCCUGGCUCAUGCUGAUUCUGGAUUUGCUUUUGAGUUUUAUGACGAUUCAAAGGACCUGCUUGACGCCCUUAAAAGUGAUAAAUCCAAAACAACAGGCUUCACCAUUGGAAUUGGGCCUGGAGGUGCAGAUGUCAUGUUAAACCUGGGCCUCACUUUAUCAGGUGGCAAAGGAUCCCUGAAGAAUUUCACACAAUACGAUGCAAAGAAUGUUGGAUUCAUUAGAGCUAUGACCAAGGUGCAGACAGCCCGCUUCAAGAUGAGAAGGGACAACAUUGUUUUGGAUGAAGAUGUGCUGCUCUCCCUGCAGGACCUCCCAGACACCUACAACUACGGCAUGUAUGCCAAAUUCAUCAACGACUACGGCACCCACUUCAUGACAUCUGGCACCAUGGGGGGUGUCUUUGAGUACAUCCUCGUCAUCAAUAAGGAGGAAAUGCGGAGAAAAGCCAUCAGCAUGGAGGAGAUAAGUGCCUGUGUUGGCCUGUCCCUUGGCAUUACAGCCAGCAAGGAGACCCUGGAUCUGGGUGUGACCCUGACACACUCUGCCUGCAAACAGAAAGGACUCCUGAAAACUGAUGCUGAGAGCCACGGUGCAGUUGUGGAAGAUAUUAUUCCCCGGAUUAGAGGGGGAGAUACCAGUUCCAGUGGAGGGCUCCUGACGACUUGGGAUGGCAAAAUGUAUCGUCAGUGGGGCAGGUCAUUAAAAUAUAAUCCUGCUGUUAUUGAUUUCCAGCUGCAGCCCAUCCACGAAAUCCUGUGCAGGAGCAGCCUUGGACCCAUGGGGAGCAAAGGGCAGCACCUGAAGAGGGCUCUGGGUGAGUUCCUGCUGGAAUUCAGCCCCUGCCGCUGCGGGCCGUGCCACAACAACGGGGAGCCCGUGCUGCUGGGGGACACCUGCUCCUGCCACUGCCGCCCUGGCUACACAGGACCCGCCUGCCAGCACACUGAGCGCCCAGGUGGUGAGACGGAUGGGCGCUGGAGCUGCUGGUCGGGCUGGUCCCCGUGCCAGGCGGGGACGGCGCGGCGCAGCCGGCAGUGCAACAACCCUGCCCCGCAGCACGGCGGGCAGCCCUGUGCUGGCAGAGACCUCCAGAGCAGAGCCUGCUGAGAGCACAAGGCUGAAAACAACAAACCACGUUGUCUCAACCCCUAAGAUGGAUUGUUCUGUGAAAAAUCCCUUUGCUGGGGGGCAAAGCUGUGGCCUUUUGGGCCAACCUUGCUAUUCCAGGUGAAGGAGCUGUUCACCCAGAGAGGAAUUUGCUCCCAAGGGUUUGAAUUUGGUGUCUUUUGUGUCAGGAAAUGCAGCAGCAUGAAACACCCAUGGAUCAGUGUGACUCAGCCAUCCAAAGGCAUGGGAAAUGCAGGAUCACAACAGGUGAUUUAAUGAAUUUUCUUUAGCAUUGGUUAUGUGGAAACAUGAGACAGGACUCUUACACCAAGGACCAGUUUGGAUCACAAGCAAUUCUUACCUUUACAUCAGCUUCUUAGGACUCAGGAAAAUGCCUGCAAGUAAAUGAGUACAAAGCCACUUCAUUCAGAAAACCAAGUACGUUUCUUUUUUGACCAGAGGGGAGAAAUUAAUGAACAGAAAGAUCUGAUGCCUUAGGGGCUGGGAAAAGAUGGGGCCUGCAGGAAAACAACCUGCAUCCUCAGCUUUUAGAGCUGUUCCUAAAAGGAUAAAUCACAGAAGAACCACCAAAAAAAAAAAAAUAAAUCCAAGUGAUUAAAGAAACUGCAUGCAAAAUCCUACCAUGAAACAUAUAAAUAAAAGCAGAAAUGCUAUGUUUUA